AUGCCCGUCACAGAAGAGGACUGGCAGGAGCUGUCUCAGGACCUCCCCGACGCCGCCGACCCCGUCAUCACCAAAUACCUCCAAGGCCGAGACGCCCUCAUCGCCGAGGAGAAGAAGCAACGCAGCGAUGCCAACUUCAGAAAGGCCCUCUCCCCCAUCGCCCGCAAGGCCUGCGCCGUCGUCGCCCGCAUCCGCGACGAGGAGAAGCGCGCCAUCUGGAACCCCUCGCUCGAGGAGGCCCUCGCCAGCACGGCCGGCACCACCGGCGCCUGCCUGCACCCGGGCAUGAUGUUCACCCACGCCAAGGGCCUCAUGGAGCGCACCCGCCUCUGGCGCAUCGUGCGCCGCAUGCCCAAGGGCGCCCUGCUCCACGCCCACUGCGACGCCAUGGUCCAGUUCGACUACCUCUUCGACGUGCUGCUCUCGACGCCGGGCAUGCACAUCCUCUCGCCCGACGCGCACUUCGCCGACGGCGAGGCCCGCCGGCGGGGCGUCGUGCAGUUCUGCUUCCGCGAGCGCGACCACGUCGACGACUGCCCCAGCAUCUGGACGCCCGACUACGUCCCCGGCACGCCCCUCCUCCUCACCAAGAUGGCUGACGAGUUCCCCGAGGAAGGCGGUGAGGGCGGCGGCGGCGGCGGGCGCAAGGGCUUCCUCGCCUGGCUCAAGACGCGCGUGACCAUCUCCCAGACCGACUCGGUCGAGCAGCACCACGGCGUCGACCACAUCUGGCGCAAGUUCAUGAACUGCUUCCUCUGCCUGGGGACCAUCAUCCACUACGAGCCCAUCUGGCGCGCCUUCCUGCAGCGCCUCAUGGCCGACCUGCACGACGACGGCGUCAGCUGGGCCGAGGUCCGCUUCACCUGGGCCCUCAACUACUGCCGCGCCGGGGUGGAGAAGCCCGAGCCCGACCACCGCCACAUGGUCAUCGCCUUCCAGGAGGAGGUCGCCAAGUUCAAGGCCGAGCACCCGGGCUUCUGGGGCGCGCGGCUCAUCUGGACCGCCAUCCGCCGGCUCGACACGCGCGCCAUCGUCGAGGACAUGGACCACUGCAUCACCAUCAAGAUGGAGUUCCCCGAGGCCGUGGCCGGCUACGACCUCGUCGGGCAGGAGGACCUGGGCCGGCCCCUGCGCGACCUCCUCCCGGAGCUCUUCUGGUUCCGCAAGCAGUGCGCCGCCGAAGGGGUCGAGCUGCCCUUCUUCUUCCACGCGGGCGAGUGCCUCGGCGACGGCGACGCCACCGACUCCAACCUCUUCGACGCCGUCCUCCUCGGCACCCGCCGCAUCGGCCACGGCUUCAGCCUCUACAAGCACCCCCUGCUCGUCGACCUCGUCCGCGACAGGCGCAUCCUCGUCGAGUCGUGCCCCAUCAGCAACGAGGUCCUGCGCCUCUGCGGCAGCAUCCUGUCCCACCCGCUCCCCGCCCUGCUGGCCCGCGGCGUCCCCUGCGCCGUCAGCAACGACGACCCGGCCAUCCUGGGCCAGGACGCCGCCGGCAUGACCCACGACUUCUGGCAGGCGCUGCAGGGCUGGGAGAACCUCGGCCUCGCCGGGCUGGGCUCCCUGGCCGAGAACAGCGUCCGCUGGGCUGCCUUUGAGGACCAGACCGCCGACGAGUGGUCGCGCGACAUCCGCGAGGCGAGCCUGGGCUCUGGCACCAAGGCGCAGCGCCUCAAGCAGUGGGGGGUCGAGUGGGAGAAGUUUUGCCUGUGGAUCGUCGACGAAUACGGCGAACAGUAUCUCGAUGGCGACGAGGAGUAG